AUGUUCCCGAGACUGAAAUUGAACCACCCAAUGAGGUGGUCUAGAAUCUAUAGCACACUUGAUUCACAUGCCAUAAGAUUGACGAGCGGCUCAAAAUUUGUAAAAAUAAAGCCUGUAUAUGGCUUGAGGGGUAGUUCAUCAGCAGAUUUCGUGUCCCCUCCAAAUUCCAAAUUACAGUCUUUGAUCUGGCACAAUCCGUUACAGAAUGUUUAUAUUACAAAAAAACCUUGGACUCCGUCUACAAGAGAAGCGAUGGUCGAAUUUAUAACACAUUUGCAUGAGUCAUACCCUGAGGUGAACGUCAUUGUUCAACCAGAUGUUGCAGAAGAAAUUUCUCAGGAUUUCAAGGCCCCCCUUGAGAAUGAUCCUAACCGGCCUCAUAUACUUUAUACUGGCUCUGAACAAGAUAUCGUCAACAGAACAGAUUUACUGGUAACGUUGGGGGGCGAUGGGACCAUCUUACAUGGUGUUUCUAUGUUUGGGAAUACACAAGUUCCUCCGGUUUUAGCAUUUGCUCUUGGGACACUAGGAUUUUUAUUACCGUUUGAUUUCAAAGAACAUAGAAGAGUUUUCCAAGAGGUAAUUAGCUCCAGGGCGAAAUGCUUACAUAGAACGAGAUUAGAAUGUCAUUUGAAAAAGAAAGGUAACAGUUCGUCUAUCGUAACCCAUGCCAUGAACGAUAUAUUCUUACAUAGAGGUAACUCUCCCCAUCUCACUAACCUAGAUAUUUUUAUUGAUGGUGAAUUUUUAACUAGAACCACAGCAGACGGUGUGGCAUUAGCUACUCCAACGGGAUCUACAGCAUAUUCAUUAUCCGCAGGAGGGUCAAUCGUUUCUCCAUUAGUACCUGCUAUCUUAAUGACCCCAAUCUGUCCACGUUCUUUGUCGUUUAGACCAUUGAUUUUGCCUCAUUCAUCUCACAUUAGGAUAAAAAUAGGUUCAAAAAUGAACCAAAAACCUGUUAAAAGUGUGGUGAACCUAUCUAUUGAUGGUAUACCUCAACACGAUUUGGAUGUCGGCGAUGAAAUUCACGUCAUAAACGAAGUCGGCACUAUUUACAUUGAUGGUACUCAACUCCCAACCACGAGGAAAGCUCAGCCUGAAUUCGAGAAUUCGAAAAAACCAAGAAGAUCUGGGAUAUAUUGUGUGGCCAAGACCGAGAAUGACUGGAUUAGGGGAAUCAAUGAACUUUUGGGCUUCAAUUCCAGCUUUAGACUUAUCAAAAGACAGAGUGACAAUGAAUGA